AUUCAUUUCCGACCGAGCUGCCUGGUUUCGAAAAGACCGUUUGUGAGAGAUUGCAAAAUUUCUGCGGUGGCUUCUGCUGGCCAGCUAGUUAGCACGCUGUCAGUCAUUCAAGUUCUGGGCAGUGCUGGGAGGAAGCGAUUAAUUAGUUGUUGCUGCGUUUUGUUUGUUUUGGUUUGGUGUUCCUUUAAUCUGUAUAUGCAACCAAUGACACCAAACUAGGCAACUAUUGCGUAUUACUAAUUUAUGUAAAUAUAGCUGCGCAGCAUACUUAUUCUUUGGAACGUCAACUCUAACGUUACAUUUGAUUUAUGUGACGUUAGACAAACUUUGUGAGCUUCGGUUUAAGCUACGCUGCUACAGGAAUAAGACAUUCAGAAAUACGCACAGCAAGAGAUGCCUUGUGGAGCCUUUUUGGCGCGUUACAUUACUUGAAUAAAUGUGUUUAUUUUUGAAGGGAAAAACUGAAACAAAUGCCUCUCUGGAUAAUAUCUGACUAGCUACUUCGCCAACUUGUUAGCUGUCUAGCUGGCUAACGUUAGCUAUGCGGUUCAUUGAAGUUUCAAACACACGGAAAAGCUGGCGAACUUAAAUCUAAUUCAUACGUUGCGUUACGCCUUACGGUAUUAGUGCACACGUUGUGCAAACAUGUUGAAGCGUGGAGCAUGUGGUAAAUCCAGCUACAGUCCGUAUGCAACCGGCCACAGGGUUAAGAAAAAUGGGACUAAAGCAAAAAGCAAACUGGACCUGUUGCCAAAUAAACCUAACAUCUGGCUGAAGCAGCUUUCCGUUCUCCAGGAGCAGCCUAGCCGGGAUGCUGUCGAUGCGGCUGCUGCCGCCGCCUCCUGCUCCUCCUCGCCUCCUUCGUCCUCCGGCCUCCUGGACCCCUUCUCUUUCCCGGGAGGGCCGUCCGGCCAGCCGGGGAGGCCGGGGGGCUGCCCCUCCCCCGUGGCCACGCUCAGGCGCCCCACGGCGUUGAGCCGGCACGCCAGCGCCGCCGGGUUCCCCCUCCAGUCCUGGGUCUACAACAAGGGCCUGGGCAGGGGAGCCGCCACCGCCCCCAGCCCCACCGCCGAGAGCCCGGAGCCUGCCGCCAUCGAGGUGGAGGACAUCCCCGCCCUGCUGCACGACGUGGCGCGCUUCGCUGAGGCCGUGGAGAAGCUCAAGGACGUGGUGCUCGGGGAAGACACGCAGGAGAACCGCCGGCCUGUGGCCCAUGAGUGCCUGGGCGAGGUUCUGCGGAUCCUGCGGCAGGUGAUCAGCACCUACCCCCUGCUCAACACCAUGGAAACGCUCACCGCAGCCGGCAAGCUCAUCUCCAUGGUCAAAGGAUUCCACUACGAGGCGAACAACGACGCGGACAAGAAGGCCUUCGAGAAGGCCAUCGAGACCAUCGCAGUGGCCUUCAGCAGCAGUGUUUCAGAGCUGCUGAUGGGGGAGGUGGACAGCAGUACCCUUCUGUCCCUGCUGCCCUCAGAGAAGAGCAGGAGCAUGGAGAACCUGCAUGGAGGAGUGGCGGGCCAGGGGCCAGACUGCACGCUAAUGAAGGAUGACCUGCAGGGCUUCGUCCUGAGCUCUGAAGAGGUGGACGUCAUUCUCCAGGGCAGUGAAGGAGGGGUGGACUCCGCGCUCAGCUACGCCAAGACCAUCGCCAAAUACAUGAAGGACCUGACCAGUUACGUGGAGAAGAGGAUCGCGCUGGAGACGGAGUUUGCCAAGGGCCUAACGAGGCUGUAUCACACCUGCAAGCAGAGCAUCGCGCAGCCCCACAUGCCCUUCCUGUCCAUCUACUGCCUGGCCCUGGAGCAGGACCUGGAGCAGAGUCUGGGGGUCCAGCAGGCGGCAAGCACUCUGCACAACCAGACCUUCCUGCAGGUACGCUACACCACACUCAGUCUCCAGUGCUUUCACACUUACGCCUUUAUCAGAAACAGCCUGCAAGUAAGUGCAUCUGAGGAGGCUAGAGGAACGCUGGACGCGGAGAGUAACCUGCGGAAGGCCCGGCAGGUCUACGUGACGCGCUGUGAGGAGUACGACAAGGCCAAGAGCGUCACCAGCCGGGCCGAGGAGGACGGCGGCAGCUCCGUCACCAAGUCCCUGGACAAGAAACGGCGGCUGGAGGAGGAGGCCCGCGGCAAGGCUGAGGAAGCGGAGGCUACGUAUCGCACAUGCAUCGCCGACGCCGUCACCCAGCAACAGGAGCAGGAGCACGUGAAGGUCAACGUCCUGCGGCAGAUCCAGGAAGUGAUCAAGCAGAGCGAUCAGACCCUGCGAUCGGCCACCAUAUCGUACAACCAGAUCAUGCACAUGCAGACGGUGGCGCUGCCGGUGCACUACCAGACCCUGUGCGAGAGCAGCAAGCUGUACGACCUCGGCCAGCAGUACGCCGCUCACGUCAAGGACCUGCGCUUGCCCGAGGAGCCCAAGGCCCGCUACAAAUUCGAACCCUACUCUGCCUCCUCCGCCCAGCAGUCUGGCAGAGUGCGUCACGACAGCUUCAACACGGACCGUCAGAGCGCCGCAGAGGCCCCGCCCACCUCGGGGGAGGCGGCCUCCGGAGAUGGAGUCUCCAGCCAUAAGCAGAGGAAGGUACGAGGUCACCAGUCUCACAAGUCCUGGCCCACGACGCAGAGCGACACUGAGAGCGCGGGCGGGGGCAGCGGCCUGGAGUCCCCCUCCACCAGCACAGGGGACGUCAGGAAGAUACCGCGGACUUCCUCCACCGGGACCAUGUCGUCCAACGAGGACCUGGAAGAGAAGGACGGGAACGUGGCUUCCUUUGAGCAGAGCAUGAACGGCAUCGAACCCGAGAACACGGCGCCCAGCGGACCCUUCCGGAACAUCGGCCUGUCCAAGGCGGCGCAGACGCACCGGCUGCGCAAACUGCGCACGCCUGCGAAGUGCCGCGAGUGCAACAGCUACGUGUACUUCCAGGGCGCCGAGUGCGAGGAGUGCUUCCUGGCCUGUCAUAAGAAGUGUCUGGAGACGCUGGCCAUCCAGUGCGGGCAUAAGAAGCUGCAGGGCCGGCUGCUGCUCUUCGGCAGGGACUUCUCCCAGGCAGCCCAGGGCAGCACCGAGGGAAUCCCCUUCAUCAUCAAGAAGUGCAUCUUAGAGAUCGAGAGGAGGGCUCUGAAGAUGAAGGGCAUCUACCGGGUGAACGGGGUGAAGACGCGGGUGGAGAAGCUGUGCCAGGCCUUUGAGAAUGGCAAGGAGCUGGUGGAGCUCUCCCAGGCCUCUCCGCACGACAUCAGCAACAUGCUCAAACUCUACCUCAGACAGCUGCCCGAGCCGAUCAUGCCCUUCCAGCACUACCACACUCUGAUGGGUCUGGCCAAGGACAGCCUGAAGGCCGAGACCCCCGAGGGGGAGGGGGCGGGGAAGGGGCCCGAACUGGUGGACCGGGGCCCCGAGACAGACCCCGAAGUUCGCGUCUUGGUGGACAAGCUGCGGGAACUUCUAAAAGAGCUGCCCUGGGCCAACGUGGUUACUCUGCACUACAUCGUGUGUCACCUGCGCAGGAUUGCAGAGCUGGAGGAGGAUAAUAAGAUGAGCCCCAGUAACCUGGGCAUCGUGUUUGGCCCCACGCUGAUGAGGCCCCGCCCCACGGGGGCCACCGUGUCCCUGUCCUCCCUGGUGGACUACCCGCACCAGGCCCGCAUCGUGGAGGCCCUCAUCGUCUUCUACCACGACAUCUUCCCUCCCGAGGCCGGCAGUCUCAGUCAGGACAACAGCGUUGCAGGGAGGAGGGAAGAGGGAGACGGACAGGAGGCCUCGGAAAGGCGCGGCAGGCCGGACGCUGAGGACAGGCUGGAAGAGCUCUGUGGCACCUCUCCGGGCUCCUCUGGGUCCCGUGAGCGCUCUGUGGACUCUGAUUCGGAGCUGGAGGAAGCGGAGGGCGAGGCCCAGCAGGAGAGCGAGGCCAGCGCUGAUGACGAACAGCUGAGCCCCAGGGGCAGCGUGGACUUUCCCGACUCCCCCGACAGCGGCCCCCCGGCUGUCCCCGACGACGGCCCCCCGGCUGUCCCCGACGGCGGCCCCCCGGCUGUCCCCGACGGCGGCCCCCCGGCUGUCCCCGACGGCGGCCCCCCGGCUGUCCCCGACGGCGAGCCGCCGGACGCGGACGACGCGGAGCAGGAGCUGGAGCUGGCCUCCUCUCUGGCGCAGCUCAACACCAACCAGUCAAACAACACGGCCGUGGCCCCCCUGGGCCUGCCGCUGGCUCGCCUGUGCAAGGGGAGGCUGGCUGUGGCCAAGGAUGCCCGCAGAGAGCCCGAAUUUGUGUAGGGACAGCCUGAGCAGUUUUACAGGGAUGAACCCGGUAAAUUUGUAUAGAAAGAGCCUGAGCAAUUUUACAGGGAGGAAACUGAUCAAUUUUUAACUAAAUAGCCUGAACAAUUUUACAGGGUGGAACCCGGUACAUUUUAAUAGAAACAGCCUGAGCAAUUUUACAGGGUGGAAUCUGGUCAGUUUUUAAUGAAAUAUCCUGAGCAAUUUUACAGGGAGGAACCCUGUAAACUUGUCUUUCUUUGUCAGUGUAUGAUCCUUAACUGCUUGUGUAGUGUACACUGUAUGACUUUUAUGUGAAAUAGCUCGUUUUUAGGUUUCAGAUCUUUUCAUUUACACUUUGCCUCCCAAAUCAAAUUUUGUCACAGUGCGCAAAUGUCUCAUUUCAAAUGUCAGUUCAGAAAAAGACCGAAGAACUGAAAGUGUUAGCUUUAAAUUGUACGAUGAAGAGUUCAGUCAGUUCUGAUUUUACUGUCGUUGUACUGGUACUGUCCUUGUGGGAGUUCAUAGUGACUCUCUCCAUAUAAUGGUAUUUUUCUUCAUAGUAAAAAUAUUAAUAUAAUAUAAAUUGUUCAAGUUUGAUAGAAGGUUACGGAUAUAUUGUGAAUGGUGAUCUGCUCUGAAGCCCAAAAUGCUGAUGCUUUUGCUCAGUUUCCAUUCUUAUCACCACCACUAGGGGGCUUUUAUUUUCCCCCCUCAUCUCCAAUCCAAUGAUGACCCUACAUGUCCAGGAAACAAUGGCUAUUGCCCCUGUAUCCUGUCUGACACGCCCUCCCUUUUUCAGAAUCUGCUGGAAUCUCCUGUGCACUAAGUCGUUUAUUUAGCUUCUUAAAUCUUUUGUGGUUGAAAAGGCUUUUUGUUGUGGUUUCCAAUCACUUACACUGAGAGCCUGAAAGGCUAAAUUAAGACCUCCAGCACCACUUUGUCGUUUUUUCCUGCUCCAUUUGGCGCCUCUUGCUAAGAGAGCAGCGGAAGCCUUCACCUUCCCCUCUUCCCCACCAGUGCUUCAAACACUUUCACUCUGUUAUGUUCCUUUAUCAAGGUGUUCUGCUGCUCUAUUCAUUCUGAGUUCAGGUGAGCAGUUGUUUACUGUUUUUACAAUGAAUAGGAAGCAAGCUGUGGAAAAAUUGUGUCUGUAGGCUGACUUUCUGCAGUCUUUUCAGUUGCUAGCUGCUAGUGAUUGCUCUGGGCGGAGGGAAGGGUAUCACUUCAGCUAGCACAAGCAUUAUAAAUGCAUCUCAUUAGUACGGUUUGGUAUGUCGUAUGUUUUUAUUUAAGACUGUGCUCUUCACAGUGGUUCAGACAUCGACUGUGUAGUGUCGCUGGUAAACUAUUUUAAUUCUGUUUGUGGAAUGGUCAAUGGUUUUUUUUUUUUUAAUAACUUGCCAAAUAUUUUCAAAUGUUUUAUAAAAGCUAUUCCUAGAAUAGGAUUUCAAAGUUAUAUGUGUUAACUGUAUUGGAUUUUAUAAAUUAUAUUUUUACAUGGAGAAAAAUGUCUACCAUGUCUAUAAAAUAAUAAAAAGUGAGAAAUGUGA